CAGUUGUUUCCGGAAGUUUAAAACAUGACUGCUGUUGUUGUCUCCGCGGGUCGCGGCGUUUGAACAGCUGUUUGUGUUUUAUCCCUCAGGUUUGCCAGCGGACAUUUAAAGCCUCGUUAUGCGGACUGAGUUGGUCUUUCUGGUUUUAGCCUCUUGCUGCGUCUCAGAGUCGAGGAGAAGAAACGUGCUUCUGAUAAUUGCUGAUGAUGCAGGCUUUGAAACAGAGGUCUAUAACAACUCGGUGGUCCACACCCCCCACCUGCGCGCUUUGGCCCGGCGGAGCGUGGUGUUCAGGAACGCCUUCACAUCCGUGAGCAGCUGCUCCCCCAGCCGCUCCGCCAUCCUCACGGGCCUGCCGCAGCAUCAGAACGGCAUGUAUGGCCUCCAUCAGGGAGUUCAUCACUUCAACUCAUUCGAUGGAGUACAGAGUCUGCCGCUUCUACUCGGCCAAGCCAACGUACACACAGGAAUAAUCGGGAAGAAGCACGUUGGUCCAGGCUCUGUUUACCCUUUUGAUUUUGCUUACACGGAGGAAAACAACUCCGUGCUCCAGGUGGGCAGGAACAUCACCCGGAUCAAACUCCUGGUCCGCAAGUUUUUCCAGACCCAUAAGGAGGAAGCAGCUGAACGAAGGAGAGCGAGAGGCGUGGGAAUAAGCAGCAAGCCAGAUGUAGAAGAGGAGGAGAGGCCGUUUUUCCUUUAUGUGGCCUUCCAUGACACCCACCGGUGUGGCCAUUCGCAGCCCCAGUAUGGCGCUUUCUGUGAGAAGUUCGGGAAUGGAGAAACGGGAAUGGGGAGAAUCCCUGACUGGACGCCAGUGUACUACACACCGGAGCAAGUCAAGGUUCCUCCCUUCAUACCCGACACACCCGCUGCACGAGCCGACCUGGCUGCACAGUACACUACAGUCAGCAGGCUGGAUCAGGGUAUUGGGUUAGUUCUUCAGGAGCUCCGGGACGCCGGCUACGACAACGACACUCUGAUCAUCUACAGCUCCGAUAACGGCAUCCCUUUCCCGAACGGCAGAACCAACCUGUACCAGUCUGGAACGGCCGAACCCAUGUUGGUUUCCUCCCCGGAGCACAGGGAGCGGUGGGGGAACACAAGCCAGGCCUACGUCAGCCUGCUGGACAUCACUCCCACCGUCCUGGACUGGUUUUCUCUUCCCUACCCAUCCUACCGCCUCCCCGAGGCUCCGUCCUUGCAGGUCCUCCUCACCGGCCGCUCCCUGCUGCCCGCUCUGACCUCCGAGCCCAGCGGCUGGGACACGGUCUACUCCAGCCAGUCGCUGCACGAGGUCACCAUGUACUACCCGAUGCGCUCCGUCCAGCAGGGGGCGUAUCACCUGCUUCACAACUUGCACUACCGCAUGCCUUUCCCCAUCGAUCAGGACCUGUACGUGUCCCCAACCUUUCAGGACCUGCUGAACCGGACCAGGCUGCAGCAGCCGACGCACUGGUUCAAGAGUCUGGAGGGGUACUACUACAGGGAGCGCUGGGAGCUGUACGACACCAGGACGGACCCUCUGGAGACGGAGAACCUGGCGUCAGACCCGUCACACAGCGGCGUGCUGGAGAACCUGAGACAGCUUCUGCAGAAAUGGCAGUGGACGACGGGAGACGCUUGGGUCUGUGGACCAGACUACGUCCUGGAGGAGAAACUGGAGCCACACUGCAGACCCCUCUACAACGGGCUCUGAUGCUACUUUCAUCUUAAUUAAUGUGAUUUAAAAAAGCUGAAGUGACACUUUUCCUAACUGUAUAUUUGUACGGUUUUAUAUUUUUGUAAUAGUGCUUU